AUGCGAGUGGAAAGAGACCUGAGCAAGGUCUACUCGACCAUGGGUGAAAUGCCCAGGAAGCACAUAAAGACCCGUGUGCGCGUCAACACUAGGGCAAUUCGCAAGUAUGAGCCUCGCGGUCACCCCUUCUUCCGUCGGCUAAGGCACCUCCACGGACGUCGACCAGCUGUCACUCGAGUACCCAUCUCGCCUAGGAAACUGCAGCCUUCCCAGGAGGGAGGGCUAAAAGGUGAUCUUGACAAGCCUUCCGCUGCGGAACAUUAUGAUCACCAAGUGACAUCGACCAGAGAAUCCGACGAAGUCAAAGAAGCCGAACUGAGAUUUUUUCACCUACUCUUGGAAGCUCUUCACCAGCCACAUGGAGGGUACAUCACCGAGUGGUUUUAUUGCCGCAAAGUGAGCACAGACCCUUCAGACUCUAAACGAUCGCACACAAUCCUCGUCUACUUCGCCAGAGGCAACGAGAAGGGCGGCGACGAACAGAAGCUAAACAAGCUUAAUGUCCCUAGGUGA